AUGAUGAACAUUGAAGAGAUUGUACCGGAGCUGUUCGGUGAGAAGCGCGUCUAUUACUGUCAGCGAUGUCUGAAUCAUGGGCUGCGCGAGAAGCGCAAGAAUCACAAACUCAAUUGUAUCUAUCGAUUUUGUCAGUGCUCAGACUGUAUUAUGGUUGAGAGACGUCGCCAAUUGAACUCUCGUCUAAUGCAGAUGGAAAGCACCCAGUCGGAUCCAGAGAAAAAAUUUUCGACGUCUUCUGAAGAGGAUCAUCUGGAGUGCUCGAGCCAUCCGGAUACGACGACGGAGAGUGGCGGCGAGGAUCGCGACGACGGCAAACCCAAAGAACGCCGACCAAACUGUCAAAGAUGUGCCCAGCACAAUGUUGUGAAUCGCCUCAAAGGCCAUAAACGAGCUUGUCCGUACCGAGAUUGCUAUUGCGCCAAAUGCCAGGUUGUCGUUGAACGUCAGAAGCUGAUGGCCGAUCAGAUCAAACUGCGGCGUCGUCAGAAGCGCGAGAAGAACAAUCUGAACAGCGAGAAGGAGGGACCGGCUCAUCAUAAUCUGUCGCCGUCACCAACCGCGGCCGAAAAUAUUUCCAUGUGCAUCAAAUGCACUCAACAAGCCCUAGGCUAUCAGCAGCUGAUGAGCAUACUCGAUCCAGCGGGAGCCACUGAUCCAGUCUUCACCCUCACCGCCAUCCUAUCAGCAUGUCCACAUAAAAAUGAGUGA